AACUUUCUUCCCAGCAGUAUAUAGACCUCUGGAAACCGUUAGUUUGCAGCACGUCAGCACGAGAUAAGAAGAUCAGAGCUUCAGUAAAUCAGAGCUGCUGUACAAGAAUGAAAAUCGAAAUCUUUGACAACACUAUGCAAACCUUUCAAGCUUCCCGAAGCUGCCGAAACACAAAGCAAGAAUGUGGGUGACCGACGUCGUCGCUUUGUGCCUUAUGGCCGUGGUCUCCUCGGCUGAGGAAAAGAAACUCAGCAGCCAUGCAAUUUCCCUGGCUGACACUAGCAGCCACCUGGCUUUCAACCUGUACCAAAACCUAGCCAAAGAGAAGGAUCUGGACAACAUCCUAAUCUCCCCUGUGGUGGUCGCAUCCAAUCUGGGAUUGGUUGCCCUCGGAGGAAAGUCCUCCACUGCCUCACAGGUCAAGAGUGUCCUGAAGGCAGAUACACUGAAAGAUGAACAUCUGCAUACAGGACUGUCUGAGCUCCUGAAUGAGGUCAGUGACCCUGUGGCUCGCAACGUCACCUGGAAAAUCAACAACAGGCUGUAUGGGCCCAGUUCGGUCAGCUUUGCUGAUGACUUUGUGAAGAGCAGCAAGAAGCACUACAAGUACGAUCACUCCAAGAUCAACUUCCGUGACAAGAGAAGCGCAAUCAACUCAAUCAACGAGUGGGCCUCCAAAUCCACUGAUGGCAAGCUGCCAGAAGUCACCAAGGAUGUGAAGAAUACAGAUGGUGCUAUGAUCAUCAACGCUAUGUUCUUCAAACCUCAUUGGGAUGAGAAGUUCCACCAUAAGAUGGUUGACAACCGUGGGUUCCUUGUGUCCAGGUCCUUCACAGUAUCUGUCCAAAUGAUGCAUCGCACAGGUCUUUAUGGCUUUUAUGAAGACAAAGAGAAUAAGCUUUUUGUGCUCAACAUGCCUCUGGCCCACAAGAAAUCCAGUGUGAUUUUCAUCAUGCCCUACCAUGUGGAGCCCCUGGAGAGGCUGGAGAAGCUUCUGACACAGAAUCAGCUGAACACAUGGUUGAGCAAGUUGCAAGAAACAGCAGUGGCCGUCUCUCUACCUAAAGUCAGCAUGGAAGUCAGCCAUGAUCUGCAGAAACACCUUGGAGAAAUUGGUCUCACAGAAGCAGUGGAUAAAUCCAAGGCUGAUCUGUCCAAUAUGUCUGGCAAGAAAGAUCUCUACCUUUCCAAUGUGCUCCAUGCAUCUGCUUGGGAAUGGGACACAGAGGGAAACCCAUUUGAUGCCAGCAUCUUUGGCUCAGAAAAGCUCAGGAACCCCAGGCUGUUUUAUGCCGACCAUCCAUUCAUCUUCCUAGUGAAGGACAACCAGACCAACUCCAUCCUCUACAUGGGUAGAAUGGUUAGACCAAAGGGAGAUAAAAUGAGAGAUGAAUUGUAAUUUAAAUUUGCUGAUAAGGGUAACCAUUUGUUCUUCUAUUGUUUUUUAUAUUUUUUUUUUGUUUUAGUAUUUGAAUUGUUUAUGGUAUGACAGUUACCUUAUGAAGACAGUCAAGCGGUUUGUUUGUAAUUAUAAUUAAACCAAGAUUUUCACCAAACACACUUCAGAGCUGAUCCGUAUCGCUAUAGUAAUUUGAAAAUAGUAAAAGAAUUCCACUUGAGAGAUUAGAUAAUGAGUUGAUCCACAGUUUUGACAUCAACUGGGCCAGGUUCCUUAUUUCAUCAUUAAAUUGUCCAUCAGAACAAAUGCUAUACUUAUAUUAAGUAUAUUAGCAUUCACGCCAGCCUGCGUGACUGUGAUAUUUAUAACUGUGCCUGCUCUAAUCUCAUGGGGUUAUGUGACAACUGUGUGGGUUCUUUGACUUAUCUUUAAUGUUUAAAGACAAAAGGAUUUUUACACAAAUAUUCUUCUUAUGCUCAUGCGUGAAACACUUCACCUCAAUCCAGAUCAGCCGCAUUUGAUUUCACUGCCUUGUCUUCUGCACUGAUGCCUGUUUAUAAACACAACAUAUGAGGUUAAUUGUAUUAUGUACCAAAUCCUGUUUACUGUCUUGUGCUCAUGUUCUUUUAAUUUUUUUUUUUUAAAAUAAA